AUGAAUCCAGGCGUCCAACACCCAAAAAUACACACUAAUCACUGGAAUGUUGAACGGCAUCGUGCCUUACCGCCGCCAUCAUCAGCCCACUUCGCUGCAUUCGAAGAUCACUCACAGUCCUAUCCUGCCGUCACCGACUCGUAUCCGACUAGCGGCGGCCCUUACGAGGUGUCGCCAGCGAAACGGGUAAGGAUAUCAGGCGUCCUAGCAUCUUCGGCUGCAGGCUGGGCUACAGGUCAACAGCAUGGCCAAGCUCAUGAUGCAGAACUAGGGCCAUCUGCUGAAACGGACCCAGGAGCUCCCAAGUCCAGUUACCGUGAGAAGAAUGACGAUAUCACGGUGAAGAAGUCCAACGCAACACCGCAAAGCAGCAGCACGAGCAGCAAUGUCAACGCUAACAACAACAAGUCUCGCCGGGUCCGCACUGGGUGUCUAACCUGCCGUGGCCGCCACCUCAAGUGCGAUGAAGCCUUCCCGGAAUGCAACAACUGCCGAAAGAGUUGUCGUGAAUGCAAACGGGGUCUACGCCUGAACUUCAUCGACACCCGAGUCAAAAGUCCGCCAUUUGUGCCGCCCACGUUGGAGUGGUCAGUACAAUUUCAAGACGAGUCGCGGCUGAUUGCGUCGGAGUAUCAAGGCGGAUUGGGACGCUAUCCCCGGUUGGAUCAGAACACCGUCGUCACGCCGCCUCAUGAGACAGAACUGAAUGCCACGCUCCGUGUCGUCGCCCAGAAACAGGAUGCCGGUGCCGGCAAGACCUACCGCUCGACGGACAACGACGUCGCUCCGGGCCUCGGUGAGCAGCAGGAUGUAGUCGACAGUGGCAGUGGUGCUGGCUUGAUAAUAAAACUCUCCCCUGACCAGCCGACUUAUGAUGGAAGUCAGUUAUUCCAGCCUCAAGAUCUGCAACUGCGGAAUGGCAGUGACAAUCCCUUCACGAUGCGCGUCAAGAUCUCACAGCAAUACACAGCAAAGGAUGGCUGGGCUUCGCAAGCCCAUGGGUACAGGAGGAGCGAGGUAUCGAGUACGGUGCCUUCUUUUCCUCAUCAUGGCCAUCGAAGUCACUCUGCACAGCACACCGUCCCUUUGGCAACCUACGGGCUGCAAGCCAGUCAAACCCAGCACGCGUCGGAAGCCAUAGGAAUAAGCUCGACAACGCGGACUACCCCGUCAAAGAAACCGACUGUCGAGCGGGACUACCUCAGCACUGAUACCGAAAUCCAUCUCAUGCAAGUGUUCGUCAGCGAAGUUGCCCCCUGGAUGGACAUCCUCAACAAAGACAAGCAUUUCGCCAACAUGAUGCCCGACCUAGCCCUCAAAUCGCCCAUGCUUCUCAAUGCUCUCCUAGCCUGUGGCACCAUGCACCUCUCCCUAACACAACAACAACAACAACAACAACAACCACGGCAAUCUUCUUCCCAGCUUUCCGGUAACAGCAAUGUCAACAAAGCCUGUUCAUACUACGAUCUCGCAACGAUGGAACUCUGGCGCAACCUCGAGCAGAGCCCACCAUCGGACCGCAAUGCAGCCGAGUGUGCCACCACGGCUACUGUGCUCAACGCGUACGACAUGAUGAACAGCGCCGGGAACCCGUCCCACCACCCGUCCCCGUUCCCGUUAUCGAGAUCGCAGCGGGUAGCAGUAGAUUACCACAUCGCCGGCUGCGCCAGGGCGCUGGUAAAUGAAUGCGGGUGGAACGCGAACUCAAACUCCGCUUCCGCGCUGGGGACUGUGGGUGGUGUGGGGGAAGCUUGUUUCUGGUUCAACGGGUGCAUGGAGGUGCUCAGUUGUUUGCCCGGGGCGCUGAUGAUGAUGAACUCGUGGCAGCAGACCCCGACUGUUUGGGAUCCAGAUCAGUGGGGGCUGGAUGUGAAUGUUGAUCGAUGGACGACGACAACUGCUGCAAAUAGUACGGCUACGGCGGCCACGGGAGGUGGUGUGGACAGCAGCAGCAGCAAUCUGACGACGGUCAAUGGGAAUGAUGACCAGUCGUCAUUCGGGCUUCGUCGCUUCGGGGCGGGAGCGGGAGCUGUUGCGGGAUACAGCACCGGCACCGGCAACGGCAACGGCAACGGCAACGGCAACGGCAACGGCAACGGCAGCGGAGAGGAAGAGCUCUGGGCGCAACGCAUCCUCUACGUCCUCGCCAAAGUCGUCAACUUUUGCUCUGCAAACAGCAACAGCGUGUCGCGCUACCAGGAGACCUCGCCUCACGACAAACAGAUGCGUCUCCAGAGACGAUUCACAGAGUGGAAGAGCCUCAAUGAUAUGUGCGACGCCUGGAAAAGUAAUUGUCCGCGCUCGAUGCGGCCGUAUGGAUACGCUCACUCAUCGUCGAGUGGGUCGUUGUUUCCUAAUGUCUGGCUCACCAAACGCCCCGCCCUCAUCGCCCGCCUCUUCUACCACGUAGCUAUGUGCAUCCUCGCCCAAGUCAACCCCGUCAGUCCGCGCGACAGCGACGCCAACCGCGAGCUGCAGCAACAUCACGCUCGGCAGGUGUGCGGGAUCGCAGCGCAUAACAAGGAUCGCGCCGUGGCGUCCAUAGUGACUCGCUGCGCUGCGACUGCGGGCGGCGUGCUAUCCGAUCGCGCUGAGCAGACGGAGGCGUUGGCUAUCUUGGAGAGGAUCAGCAGCGAGACGGGGUGGAGGUUGGGUAGUAUGGUGAAUGAUAUGAAGAGGGCUUGGGGGGUUGAGGUUGUCGAGGGGGGGUCGAACGGUAGCACAAGUGCCAAUGCCAACGGGAACAAUAAUGGAGGAGGAGGGGGAGGCUUUGCUUCGGCUCUUCUUGGUGGUAUGACAUCGGCAACUGGGCAGACAACAAUGGAGUUACCACUCCCUUUGCCUUCGAGACCGCCUUCGAUAUCACAGCUUUUCGGUGGUGUUGCUUCGGUGCAGAGUCAACAGCAGAGCCAACAACAACAACAACAACAACAACAACAACAACAACAACAACAACAACAACAACCGCCAACAACCAGGACUUCUUCCACGGCGGCAGCAACUUCCUACUCCAACUCCCCGACUAUACCCAACUUGACGGCGGCUCCAUCAACUGUCGGUAUCCCUCCCUCUAGCAGCCGGCAUCAGACGCAUCAGACGCACCAAAACCGACCUAGCCCGCCUAGUCAAACUCAAACAUACCAGGGAUGGUAUCAACAGGCGCCGCAGUCUAACAUUGGCAGCUCUGCAAGGAGUGGAAGCAUUGGUUCACAGCAGCAGAUGGGAGGAGCAGGAGGAGGCCCUUCAUCUUUGGGAUGGGGUUAG